AUGCCUCUUCUGCCCUCUCUCUUUGCCCGCGCAGAAGAUGCAUCGACCAAGCUAAAGCUUUUAAAAGUUUCUUUGAGGUUGGCAGCACGAGCCGGUGUUCGCCCAGUGGCCAUAUGCUUCGACGACCUCGAAAAUUCCUGGCUCAUAGCAGCCAACGCGUUGGAAGCUCACUUCCCGGCGCAGGUGCAUCGCAAGUUCGUUGCUCCGCAGUGCCCACUGACUGAGCGACAUGAGGAGAUGUUAGCCCAUGGCCACAUCAUCCUGGACAGAGACCAUCGGGUAGCUCACGGUGUCUAUCUCGGACAAGAUGCUUUGCAUGUGUUUUUCCGGCUCGCAGAAGCCAUCGAGUGGCGCAGCUGGGAUGCUGCGUGGUCAUCCCUCAAGAUGCUUUCGGCUCUGCCGGACUGUGCUCGAGCCGUCAUUCUGCAGGAUCUCGCCCGAGUGACCGACGUGGCCGGCUUCCCCAUGCAGGAGGUGCGCCGCCAGGUGGACAUGCUCCUGUACAAGGCAGAGAUUUCCGUCGAGUCCAUCACAGCUGAGUUGAGUGCAUUCGAGAACCUGUUUCGGCAUCGCUGCUUUGCCACAAUGGCAGGUCGUGGCAACGGCCUGUGGGCGAGAGCGCAGCUGCGGUACUUGCGGCACGUCAAGACACGCCCCCGAGGCCCCAAGAAAUCCACACGUGCCACCUCGCGUUGCAAUGCUGGCUGUGGCUUGGUGGCUGGCGGAGCUUGUCUCGCCAAGGCAAUCCGGCUGCAGAAGCGGCCCGCGGUGGUCCAAGGAUUGAUAGCCGCUCACCAAGCCAAGGCCUGGGCGGCUGCUCGCGGCUGGUCGUUGUCAGCUGGAACCAUCGGCACUGAGCGACUCUGGCGGAAUCGACAGCGGCGCGCCAAGAACAAGGCGCGUGCUGUGGGGGACGCCAUCACUGUCAACCUGCUGGAGCUUUCUCGAUGGCAAGCCGAGGUGCAGAGCCGCAUGUUGCAUCAACAUGGGCGGGCAGAUGUAGCCGUGCAACCUUGGCUUUCAAGUGCCUCCGACCGGGUCGCUGCGGCACUGCUGCUUGAUGAUGCCUCCGACUCGUUGCACGACCCCCUGGCGGCCGAGCCGGUUGGGCCGCAAGCAGACCCUUCCAGGAAGACUUCAUUGGUGGCCUCUACGAGGCCUUUGCGCGAGGUGAGCUGUGACAUGACCAGUCCCGGCCGGUAUGGUGACGGCCUCUACAUACGUGAUGCACUCGGGAUGCUACAGGCCGCC